AUGGAAACAGACAUAAAUAACGAGACAAGAGACGCAAUUAAGGAAGAUGGGGAAGAUGAGGGAAAAAAUCCAUUGGAUGAUACCAUCGAAGUUCGAUCCAUGUGCAUAAAUUGUGAACAAGAAGGAACAAACAAAAUAGUAAAAUUACAAAUUCCAUAUUUUAAAAAUAUAUUAAUACAUUCAUUUGAAUGCGAAUUUUGUAAUUAUAAAAACAAUGUCAUCCAAGAUUUAAAUACUAUAAAAGAAAAAGGAAUAAAAAUAAUAUUUAAAAUAUCAAAACGUGAACAUAUGGAUAGACAACUGGUCAAGUCUGAAUAUGGAGUAUUAAGAAUUCCACAAAUUGAUUUUGAAAUUCCAAAAGAAACACAAAAGGGGUCAAUUAAUACAAUAGAGGGAUUCUUACAAACUGCUUUAAGUAAUCUUAGUGAAUAUCUCAGGAAUUUGAAGCAAAUGUACAAUGAGGUAAAUGGAUUAACUAAAGAUGUACCUGCUCAGAUCGUAGAAGAAGAAGCAAAUCAAGUUCAACAUGGGGAAAAUAGUCAAAAUAAUGCAUCUGUAGGGAUACAAAAUAUGGAAACUGCUUCUGAUGACCAAGGAGCUAAAAAAAAGGAAGAAAUUGAAUCAAUGAAUGAGUAUAGAAGGGACAGAAACGAAAUUGGAAAAGGAGAAUAUUCUAAUAACGCGAAUGAAGAACAAAGUAAUCAACAAAUGACGAUCGAAAAUUACAUAAAAUUAAUCGAAACAACAGUUCAAAAUUUAUCCAUUUAUGUAGUAUCGAAGGAAUUACCAUUUACCAUCGAAAUUGUAGACCCCUCUGGACUAAGCUCAUUGGAACAUUACGAUGAAGAUAUUAAAAGUAACACAGUAAAAGUGGAAUAUUAUGAACGAAAUAAACAGGAGUUAAAUGAAAUGGGUUUUUAUGAAGAAGACUUUGAGGAUAAAAUGAAAGAGAGAAAUUUAAAUCCAAAUGGAAAUGAAGAAAAACAAGAGGAUAUUGACGGAAGAAAAAAAUUUAAGAAAGAAAAUUACGAUUUUAUUAAAAAAUAUGUUUAUAUGAAUGGUGGUACAAAUAACAAUGAUGAGAGGAAUAAUACGAAUGGGGGAAAUACUGCUAUCCGGUACAAAAACAUAAGCGAAGAGGAAGAGGACAAAUUAAUAGAAUCAUUUGCAUCUAACUGCCCAUGCUGCAAUUACAUGGGUGCAAACAAUUUCUGUGAAAUUAAUAUACCUGGUUUUAAAAAAUGUUUAAUUAUGUCUUACGUAUGUACAAACUGCAACUUCAAAACUAGCGAAAUUAAAAGUAGCGGUGAGAUAAAUCCCAAGGGAAAGAAAAUUACUCUCACUGUAAAAAGUAAAAGUGAUUUAAAUCGAUUUGUAAUUAAGUCAGAAAUGGCUUCUAUUCAUAUUCCCAUCGUUGAUCUUAUAUCGGAUUAUGGAACUCUAGGAGGUUCUCUCACAACAAUCGAAGGAUUGAUUCUAAAAAUAAUCGAAUCUUUGGAGGAUAAAUUUAAAUUUUUACUAGGUGACUCUAGCACAAACAUGUACAAUUAUGAUAAUAAGAAUGAUAAUACAACCGAAGGGAUGCAAACGAAAGGGAAAACGAAUGGAAAUCUUCUUCAUAAUAACGAAAUAAGUAGUGAUGAAUCCAUUACAAAUAAAGUAAAAACCUUAAUUGCUAAUUUGUAUAAAUUAUGCAAAACGAAUGAAUUAUGCCCAUUUGAUAUUAUCAUUGACGAUAUUGCAUCCAACAGUUAUAUAUCAAGUGACAAUAUUGGACACGAUGAUAAUUUAAAAGAAGAAGAAUAUGAAAGGACAUUUGAACAAAAUGAUAUGUUAGGAAUCACAUCAAUGAUCACAGAGAAUUAUUGA